CGAGCCCGCCGCGUGCAGUCCGCUGCUCGACCUGGCGGCGUCGGGCGGUGUGGAGGAGAGAGAGGCUGCGAUGCUUGCGCUGUGGCGCGGCCUCGGCCGCACGGGCUCGCUCGAGGCGAGAUUACCCGAGAUUGACCGAGAUUGACCCGAGCUCCGAGGUUGCCCGAGGCGGAUCGCCUCCUCGGCGAGGCGAAGGGGGCGGCGCGGGCGGCGUCGGCGUCGGAGGCGGCCCCGCACAUCCGGCACGGCGAACGGCGCUCUCCCCCCGCGGCAAGGAGUCCUCCUCGUGGGACGACGCUCUCGCGCUGGUGGAGCGCGCCGCGGCCAGUGCUCCCGCGUCUGCGGCGCCGUGGUCGCUCGCCGCGACCAUCCACCGUGCAAGGGGCAGGACGGGGCUUGCGUGCGACGCGUCGGCCAAGGCGCUCGAGCGCCACUCGCGCGACGCUUUCGCCUUCGCCUCGCUAAGCAGCAGAUGCGCUGACCAGCUCUUGUUUACCGCGCGUUUUGAGCCGUUGCUGCGCAAGACGCGCGCCUUGCUGCCGGCAGGGCUGGCGGAGGAGCCCGAGCGCCUCUUCCGCUGGGCCGACGCGCUGUCGUUCGAGGCGGACGCGUGAGCGCGGGGCCUCGUGACGGGGUUGCCUAGGGCUGGUCACUACCCUCGGGCUGGUCGAAGAGGGCGCCUUCCAGCGCUCCACAGGAAGAUCUAGUGCGAGAAACCCUGGUGCGCUGCGGGGCGAAACGCACAUGCGACAUGGCAUGCUCGAGAUCUAGCGGGACGGUCGCCCAAAAUAAUACAUGUACCUGCAAACAAAA